AGAAGAAGAAGAAGACCAAUCUGACCAAUCACAAAUCACUUUACUCAAAAGCAUACGACGGUUGUGCGCAUGUGCGUAGGGAGUGUGUGAUUUGAACAGAGGUAAACAGCUCACUGUUUGCGUGUUUAAACGAGACGAGAAUGGAUCCACAGAAAGAUCUUCAGCCACCCAAACAACAACCCAUGAUCUACAUAUGUGGAGAAUGUCACACUGAGAAUGAAAUCAAGGCCCGCGAUCCAAUCCGAUGCAGAGAGUGUGGUUACAGAAUCAUGUACAAGAAGAGAACAAAGAGAUUGGUUGUCUUUGAUGCUCGAUGAAGAGGGGAGCAGCAGUUUUUGAUAGUUAUUAUUUUGUUCGUUUUUCUAGUGUAUUACCAUGUAAAUAAACAGACCUCCAGGUUUCUGAGUUAUUCUUAAAAUCUGAAAUUUCCAUGUGAAGACAAACAAUUCUCUUUUUUGCCAACAUUUUGGUUUAUUAAAAACAUGAUUUUGACUUA